AUGCUCAUUGCGUCUCAAACCCCGCCUAUCCUCUCCAUGCAAGAAGCUUACCUCGUUCCCUAUGGAGCCAUUGGAUUUGCCAGCGACAUAGUCACCGUGUAUAUGGCGACCUGCCUUCUCUACGGUCGCGCACCGCUCUGCCCAGCAAGACAGAUCCGCAACACAGGCUCUGCUAAAUUUCUUAUUGGUUUCUGGAUCUUCAACCUCUAUGUGAUGAACAAAUACAACAUUGAGCAAUGCUGGCAGUACUGGGAGCUGGUGUUAAUAAACGUCAGCAAUGGCGUGAUGGGUGCCCUCGUCGCGCUAGUUGGGUUUUUCUUGGUCGGUUCAUGGGAUCCUCCGGUCAAAGGCGAAGCCAAGAAAAAUGACCCAGAAUCUUCGCCAGCCCUGGGGGCUGUGUCGCUAUCUACUCCGGAAGAAGAGGCAGCCGUGCCUAACGAGCGAAUUUGCGACUCUGCAAGGAAAUAUGGCACUAUGGCUGAUAUGCCAUCCUCUGGGCUCAACGGGCUCAGCAGGAUCAGCUCGUCAAAUACACAAGGGCAGAGUAAUAGCACAUGCGACGUAUGUCCACAGAUGAGUGAAGUUACGCGAGAACUGAGCAGCAUGGCAAACGAGCCUGCGCAACCCGUGGAUAAGUUCAAGUUUGUGUACCUCGCGGUCCUAGGGGUUUAUAUAGGUGCGGUUCUCAUCGGAAGUAUUCCCUUGGCCAGGCUAGCCGUUCUUGAGGGCGAAGUAUCUAGCAAAAAAAUUUGUUUGAUUUUUGGCAUCCUCGGUGGAUUGACAAUAUUAGGAAUUCUCUUCACCGUCGUGUAUGAGUUUUGCUACUUAGGGAAAGGGACGGGGCCAGGGCCAGAGCACUUUAUAAUUCUUUUUGCCUUGCUUCUCAUGUGCUUCACUGAUUGGAUAUUAGGCUGCGUGCUGGGCAGCCUUAGUGGUGUACCGAUUGCAGACAUCAACAUGGAGGAGCUGUCUCGGUAUUGGUUCUAUCUUGCAAUUACCAAACUCCCAAUGAUUGCAUUCUAG